AUGUCUGGUGCCGACAAUCGCGCAGCGUCGCCGGCUGCAUCGGACCCACGAGAGCAUGCAGAGGAAGGCUUAGCAGAGGAUAUUGACAAUCCGGCCCUCGAUCUACUAUCACUUUCCCGGGCUGUCAAAGCUAGAAAGGCAGAGUAUACGCGACGGCAAUCAGUCCGGGUGAAAGUCGGGACCUGGAAUGUGGCUGGGAUCUCCAGCACGGAAAAGGAUAUCGGAAAGUGGUUCGUUCAAGGCCAAGGCGUUUGUGAGAGGUUCUCGGGCUUGAAGGGAACGCAAUCGGAGCAAGCGGCUUCUACAAGCGGCUCGUCAACAAUGGAAGACCCUUCACGUAAGAAACCGUUCCAAUGCAGCCCCGAAGAGGUGGAUCUCUAUGUCCUUGGAUUGCAGGAAAUUGUCGAUAUUUCUUCCCCCGCCGAGACCUUACGUCCUUAUACCGAUCCCGGUCCAUCGAAACGAUGGAAAGAAGCAGUGCAAAGGGCGCUGCCUCCUGGUACCUCUGUUGGAACUGGAUUGAUGGGGUAUAUGGGCAAUAAAGGUGCAGUUGCCACUCGUAUUGUCCUAGGCGAGACCACGCGCCUGGUUUUUGUGAACUCGCACUUGGCUGCUGGUUCAGACAAAGGCAGCCUCGAAAGACGCAAUUGGGAUGCAUCCCAAAUCGCAUCCAGAGCAAAGUUCGAACCCGUUGAUGCAGAUCUGAAGUCACAGGAGACUAUUGAUAGUAUUGGUGACGAAGACUUCACCUUUUGGUUUGGUGAUUUGAACUAUCGCCUUGAUGACAUACCCGGCGACGACGUGAGACAGGUUCUUGCUCGUCAUGCCGUCAAUGCCUACGACACUGCACGGAUGGAGAAGAAGGGCUCGGGUAGUCGUCGGAGCCUUAAUGCUGGAUCGGGUGGAAAUUCGCCACCUUCGCCUAUUAUUCACGAUGAGGAGGCACCAGAGCCAGUGACUGACGACGAAAUCGACCCACACAAUGACCCAGCAUCUUUGCAAACCACCAUAUCGUCCCUCGUUGUGCACGACCAAUUGCAAAUUCAACAGAGAAAAGGCACGGCAUUCCAUAAAGGAUGGCGGGAGGGGCCGAUUUCGUUUUUGCCUACCUACAAAUACGAUGUUGGCAGCGUGGCAACAUUCGACUCCAGCGAGAAGAAUCGCGGUCCCAGCUGGUGUGAUCGGAUUCUCUUCCGUACCCGCCGGGACAAGCUCAAGCAUGAACAGCUUGACCGCGAGACGGAGGAAGCUCGAAAAAGAGACAAGGAAAUGCAAGCCCGCGGACUAGACAAGGCUGUUGCAGAUGAUAAUGUCCUAUUCGAUUAUGACCCCGAAGUUGAUGGUAUUUAUGGAAAUGAUGGUGCCGGUGAUGCAGAAGAAGUAGAGUAUAAUCCAGAAGAAGACCAGGAAGAAGACGCUUCAGUUUCAUCAGACGACUCAUCGCCUGAUCCUAUUCGCCUCGACCACUAUGUCUCUCACCAAGGCAUUCUCUCUUCGGAUCAUAAGCCGUUGGAUGCCAUAUUUACUCUGACUUUUGAUGCGGUGAACCCGAGUUUGAAGGCCAAGAUCCAUCAAGAGGUCGUUCGUGAGCUCGACAAGGCCGAGAAUGAGGCGCGACCUGGUCUGACGGUGGUAGUGGACACUCAUCACGAGGAUAAGCGGACGCAGCAAGAUCCCAAUACUGUUGAUUUCGGGGAUGUGCCCUUCGAUGUAUCUGUCCAUCGAUCCCUCACUAUUGCCAACACCGGCGGUGCUGAGGCCACAUUCACAUUUGCCGGACGACCAAGCUUCCAUGAUGACUCGAAGCCCGAAUCUCCGGACUGGCUUGAUGUUAGGGUUGAGAGGGCAGGAGAAGGUCAACCGGAAUCGACGUCUUCUGCUGGCAGCCACACUCUCCUUCCGGGGGAAGUCGCCAAUGUCGAACUCACUGCGCAUGUUCGCUGUAUCGAACAUGUCCGGCUCCUAAAUUUGAGAAAGACCAAACUGGAAGAGAUUCUGGUGCUACAUGUGGACAACGGCCGCGACCAUUUCAUUUCUGUCUGUGGACGUUGGCUGCCCACCUGUUUUGGGUGCAGCGUCGACGAAUUGACUCGUAUGCCAGAAGCUGGCGCGCGCAGUCUUGCUUCCACCGACGCACCCAUCCCCUCGAAAGACAACACGGAAGUACGGCUUUCCGCGCCUCGCGAGCUUUUCCGCCUAACCGAGUCGAUUUCCGAGUUAACGGAGCGUGCUGUGGCGGAAUGGAGCAUGACUAAAGGCGAGACGGAAGAAGAAGCGCCAUGGGCAAAAGACCCAUCUGGAACGGCAUGGCCAUUCCAACCAGAUACCUGGACUCUUCAGGACCAACACGGGCGCGCAUCCCUCCUGGAGUCGGUCCGUGAAUCUCUCGAUAUAAACGGCUCUCUAUCCGCUAUCUUCCCUCCUGAAGUAUCAUCUGUCCACCGUCUCGAAGUCCUCGCCGAGACCCUCCUCACCUUCCUCAAUUCCCUCAGCGACGGCAUCGUCACAGCCGCUGUCUGGCAAAAAAUGGAGCAGCAGAUGAUCGCGCGCGAGAAAUCAAAAGCACCGCCCCGGACGUGGGAAGAAACGCAAGCCUGGGUCCUCGAAAGUCUAGCAUAUUCACCCGCCCAUAGCGUCUCAUUCACAUUCGUGACUUUCAUGCUUGCCCGCGUCGCCAACGAAAUCGCUCCCGUCCCCUCCAUCGCUCAGUCCACACCCGAGACAUCCAAGUUGAAGCUCAGCUGGAAACAUCACGACGACGACAAGCAUAAGGAGACUAAGAAAGAAGAAGAGACUGAAGAGUCUCAACCCAAACCGCCUACUCCGGCCUCUGCAGCUGCGUUUAUUUCUGGUGGUAGUUUCCGUCGAAAGAAUCGCUCACAGUCUUCAUCCACUGGCUCUGAUACGAUUCUCAGCGCAGGAACGAACAAUCAUCCCGCCGCGGCUCGUCGGCAGGUCGUUGAAUCUUCGCUGGCGUCUAUAUUUUCCCGGGUUCUUAUUUCUGCAUCUGUGCCGACUCCUGCGAAAGAUAAAGAGCGGCGGGCAUCUGAUGAGCGGAAGCGGAGUAUUAUAGAACCAUUCUUGAAGAUGAUUGGAGUUGAUGAGCGUGGUCCGUCGGGUGGUCGUUAA